GCGCGGUACUCAUCGGCUGGACUGUACCACUUUGUGUUUUGGGACGGGGGGAGGAUCCGGGGACCUGCCUUUGCGUCACAUUCAAAAGAAAUACCAGGUGUGGUAUCUUUGCGUCCAAUUCUGUGUGGACGGUGAACGGGCUUUUUCAAGAGAGGAGAGAAGCUGCGUUAAGGUGAUACAGAGGAUUACCAAACACUAGAGAGGCCAUAGACUUUAUUUGAAAUGCUAAAACUGGUGCUGGGGACAUUCCCAGCAUUAGGAUGCUGUUUAUUGAUGCUUCUGAUAGGGUUUGGGAAUUUAAUGAUGUCAUGCAAAGAUCUUGAACUGCACCUUGAAACCAUACAGGAAAUUUGGGACGGCCAUCGUUUGCUAACACAUGGGCUGUGUUCCAUUAACACUCAGCUUCUGAUAAUAUCUCUCCUCCUGUUCCCGCUCCUACACUGGCAAUUAGAAAACCGCAUUGGCACCCUGUAUUUUCUAUAUCUCUCUUGUAUGUGCACUUUGUGCAGUGCCACAAUUUACAUUUUGAUUUCCUUGCUUCUGCCUCUUCCUGCUGCCCCAGCCUCUGGAUACCUCGCUACCAAUUUGUCCCUGCUGAUAGCUCAUAGCCCAGCUGUUCCAUGGCGACGGGGCAAGCAGAUGCUACCUUUAUUGUGUUGCGGGAUAACAAUAGCUUUACAAUACUUGUGGCCGCAAUCUUCGUUUUUAUACCACAUCUGUGGAGUGAUUAGUGGACUGGCCAUCCGCAAGGGAUUACUCCGCUACCUGGAGCCAUCAGAAACCAGAAUACGGGCAUUAGAUAGAAUCUUCAGUUGCUUGAAAUCUAUUCCUGUAGCUCGGUUUAUACCCUCUCGGCAGGAAGGAUCUGGGCUGCACAUUACUAAUUUUGAAGCACAAGAUAGACUUCCAUUCACCUAUACAGAUGUACAGGAGCCCAACAUGUUUGCUGAUAUGUCAUUGGAUAGGGCGGCUGCACAGACUGCACCCCUUGGCCAUUUCCAAGACACUCCUGUUUGGUUUGGACGUGAGGAGACAUUGGAAGAGGCAAUGUUGAAAGCUGGCAUUCUGGCAUCUUUAAGGGAAUAUGAGCAUCAGGAAACACGGAGACACGAGCUAACCUUAAACAAAUCCAGUGUGUCGGCACUUAGGCUUCAGCAACUAGAACGCAUGGGAUUUUCCACAGGACCUGCAGUUGUUGCAUUAGCAGCUACAGGGAAGGUAGAGGGUGCAGUAUCCCUUCUUGUAGAAGGACAGGUUGGUGAAGACAUUGCAGUGACCACUGAAAGACAGACAAGCAGUGGACUGCAAAACUCAUCACGCCAAUUAAAUCUAUGAUAUAUGAACUUGGUAUUUUUGACAAGUCUCUAAAAGACAUUUUUAAAAUGCUGUGACUGGUUUAUACAAAGCAGUCAGAAGUCCUUUAUAAUCAUCUUCACGGAAUUAUAGUCAUCGAUCAUUUUUGUGAAAAAAAUAAAAUUGCAACAAAGGAUUCAAAGGACAUACAAAGACAAUAAUACUUAUUUCUUGCAUAGAAUCACAGUUAUCUUGUUAUGUGAGUUUGUCCUCACUGGAGCUCAAUAAAAAUGUUUUAUUUGUAAAAA